AUGAGAGUUGGGAAAGAAAUGGAGAUGCUAGCGAAUGUUGGAAAAUUGUUCAGAAGUCCAGUCGAGAAAUAUGACCUUGAUUCCUGUACUUGUGACUGCAAGUCCUUGCUCAGUGCUACACUCUAUUCAAUCUUCCUUCUGUGGACACAGGUUGAGCGACAAAAGAAUUACGUCUUGGAGCAACCGAGUUACAGUGGACAAUGCAGGAAGUAA